AUGGCAAACAACAGCAACGGUGUCCCUGGCAAGCGCCCAAUUACUCUACGUCGAAGGGUUAAAGACAACAACGGCUUCAAGAAUAUCAACAAUUUACACUCCAAGCCGCAGCCUAAUGGACAACUGGUGGAGAAUCCCGUUGGUGUAUCCGGUUCAGGGCAUUGUAACGCCCAGACCCGUGGCCUCAAUCCAGGGAACCAGUCCCCACGGGGUAUUUUACAAGACGCUAAUGGCAGGGCAACUGUGUCCCGCAAGAAGAACACAUUCCACCCUAGAAAGCCCACCGACCGACCCAUUAGGAGAGCACACAACGAAAGCGAAUCCCCGACUCAAUUGAAAGAAUCUCUCGAAAUAAUGCUCUCCGAUAUCGAUCGAUCGGAAGAGUCGCGACGGGCUGUUAUAGAGCAUUUGGCGACCGAAGAUGGCCUCUCUCGAGUGAAGCAAACUGUUGAAACGAAGUAUUCGGUUCGAUAUAGCGUCACAACUCCGAUGUUCGAUCCUGACUGUCUUCUGUUCCUCCGUGUGAUCGCCCACAAGGACGUUUUGAAGUCUCUGAUUGUCGAGAAGGCUCUCGGAACUAUCUACAACGUUGUCUAUGGUCUCAACGGUAGCCGAGGAGUGUCCUUUUUCCAGCAUGUUGUGGACUGCCUCAAAGAAACACUACUGCCGGCGGAAGAUGACGACCAACAAAAUAGACACAAUGGAUUAUGGCAAUUAAUAUUGGUCACAGAUGCAUUACUUCAUCUUUUGACGGUAAAUCAAGCCGCAGUUCUGCGGCUAGAGUUCAAAGGCAUGGUCAACGACCUUAGUGCACUUUAUUUAUAUCACCAACAACUUGCCACUGAGUUCUCAUCAGAAUUGCGACAGACUUACGGAAACAUCAACAAAAUAGUCGACAUUCUCGCAAUGGGAGAUAACAUAAAAAUUGUUGAACCAAGGAAACGCAGUUCAGCGUCACAGCAGUCAGAGUCGGUUGUCCUAUCGCGGGUGGAUUUCCCGGGCGAUUUAUCGGAUGCUGGCCGCCGCCACGACAACGAUCAUGCGGCCAUACAGGGAGUUCGUAUACUGCCCACACUCUCCGAAAUAUACAGCAAGAGAAGAGACUUUCUUCCAACCUACGACGCAUGUAAACUGCCCAGUGGUCACCACCGAGAAGGGAUUCGUCGGCUUCUCGAUACCCAGUUCCGAUUGUUGCGUGAGGAUACCUCCGGGCUCCUUCGGGACGCUGUUCGAAUGGUGAUCGAGAAUUGGAAUAUCAUCGUGCAUGGUUCUGACUGGACAGCGAAGCGUAAGCUCGUACGUCAAAAAAGCCCAACACCAAUGCGGAUUUACUAUGACGCCCAGGUUCGACAUUCUACCGGCAGUGGUGUCAAAGGUAUCGAGAUGGAAGUUGAAUUUGACCAGCUCCAACGAAUCAAGCGACUAAGUCUAGAGAAGCGACGGAAACAUUGGUUGAACUCUCGGAGUCUCAGGGAAGGAGGCGGACUGGUGGCAUUAAUUGAUGCUGAGGUGGAGGACGAUACACAUGUGGUUUUCCUGCGAGUAUCAAAUCGAGAUCUCGACCGUGCCCGAGAGGUUCCAGCCGGAGUUGUACGCGAUGUGGUCAGCGACGUGGACAGAGCCAUGGCUACCCUAUGUUUUCCAACAACGCCAUCCAAAGAGGACGUCUCUGGAUUAGUUCAAAUGACCAAUUCACGUGGCACCGAAAGGCCAUUGAUACUGGUGGAAUUUCCGGCAGUGCAGUACAACCAAUUUGAAGGCAUCCUGUGUUGUCUUCAGGAACUCGAUAGAAACCCUUCCCGCAUCCCCUUUCGAAAAUGGAUACAAGCAGGUGUGGGGAGCCUGAUAGCUGGGCAACAUUUGACAGAAUUACCCGAUGCGAGAAGUGGUAUCCCACCACCACUUUAUUUGAAGGGCGCCAUGCUGGAUCUUUCGUCAAUUCAAGUUCGAACGGGUGACGAGGAGGGCGAUAUCAUGCCCCUUAUCUUGUCACCAAGGGACGACCCCCGAUCUAUGCAACGAAGGCUUUGUCAGUCGUCCACACUUGAUUCUGGGCAGGCGGAGGCCAUGGUUUCAGCUUUAACACAUGAACUUGCGCUGAUCCAGGGCCCGCCAGGGACGGGAAAGUCCUAUGUUGGAAUCCAGAUCGCCAAAUGCCUUUUGGAUAACAAGGAGCGCCUAGGACUGGGUCCUAUUUUAUGCGUUUGCUAUACAAACCACGCGCUUGACCAGUUCCUCGGUGAGUUAGAGGCAUCUGGGGUAAGCCGAAUCCUCCGCAUAGGAUCGCACAGCCCGUCUCCACUCAUGGAAUCAUUCUCCCUUCAAGCGUACAAGAAGAGGGGCAGUAUGUCUAAAACAAGAGGGCAAGGAAGGAAUAUCCGUGAUAGCAAACAAGUGUUAAACGAGCUGUCGGCGGGUAUUACUCGUGUCUUAACAGAGCUUGGACGAGGUCGUUGUUUUAUAGCUCAAGCGUUCCUGGCGUCCCGUCACCCUCAAUAUGAAGAGCAGAUACGGGAAGGCCAAUCCGCUGGCCGUGAGCAACUAAAUAUUUGGCUUAGUGGGAACGGACCAGGGGAUUUAGAGGGAAAUGGGGAAGAACGGUCAAUUGAUCAACUACUAUCGGUCGGUCCGUGGACGCUGACGCACAGCGAACGCUCACGUCUUGACGAAUACUUCUACAGUUCGGGAAAGGAGGAACGAUUGCGGCUUCUGGAACACCUUGUCCAGGUGCAUGCCAGCGAAAAACAACUUCAUACUAGUAUAUUUACGGAAAGGGAUUCCCAAAUAUUUGAGCAAGUCGACGUAGUCGGCGUCACCACGACAGGUCUGGCGAACAAUUCUGACCUGCUGCGCACUCUUCAAGCCAAGGUUCUUAUUUGCGAGGAGGCUGGAGAGGUCCUGGAGUCCCACCUCUUGACUGCAUUGCUUCCAUCAGUCGAGCAUGCGAUAUUUAUAGGUGACCACCUGCAACUUCGUCCCAAGAUUUCCCGCCGGCAUCUGUCAAUGGAGUCUGAUUCAAAGGGCCCUAGAUACAAUUUGGACGAGUCGCUAUUUGAGCGGUUGGCAGGUACCAAUCUGUCAAUGGCCAGCAGAGGCUCUGCUGCAGCAGAAUCAGUUACGUUCGAAUUCCCGGUGGCACAGCUUAAUCACCAGCGGCGAAUGCAUCCUAGCAUCGCCUCGCUUAUCCGUGAGCAGUUAUAUCCAAAACUCCGGGAUCACCCAAACACUAGCUUCUACCCAGAGGUCCCAGGGGUCAAACGAAGGCUUUUUUGGCUUGACCAUGAAAAUAUCGAAGACCCUGGCGAUCCUGAAGAUCCAAUGCAAAGCAAGACAAAUAAAUGGGAGGCUCAGAUGGUCACAGCUCUUGUUGCCCAUCUUUGUCGCCAAGGUAAAUACAAGCGUGGCGAAAUCGCUGUCUUGACGCCAUACGUGGCUCAAUUGAAGCUCCUGAAGGGGAUGCUGGAAAACAUCGUCGACCUUAUUAUCAACGACAACGAUUUGGCCGACCUGGGUGACUAUGAUGUAGAGGAUUUAGCCGCUGGUAAGGGCAGGGCUAUGAAAGGCUCGCUGUCGGAUCAACUGCGGAUGGCCACCGUUGAUAACUUCCAGGGCGAGGAAGCCAGUGUUGUGAUCAUAUCUUUGGUUCGCAGCAAUCGGGCUCGCCAAGGAGCCACGCUAAUAUAG